AUGCUCGUCGCUGACGACGCCAUGGGAGCCGCAGCAGAGUCCUUCCGACAGGCACUGCAGCAAGCGCGUCAUCCAAUCGCCCUCGCUGGUGCAGGCUUGAGCGCUGCCAGUGGCAUCCCAACCUUCCGUGGUGCGGGAGCAACGCCAGAGGCGUUCAAGCGAGAUCCGAGCAAGGUCUGGCAAUUCUAUCACUACCGUCGAUCUGUUGUCCUCGCUGCGUCGCCGAAUGCUGCCCACAAGACGCUGGCCAAACUCAUGAUGCAGAGUCCCUUGCGAGAGCAGCUUUUACCCAACGCUCAAUCUUUCCACCUCGUCACCCAGAAUGUUGAUGGUCUGUCGGGUCGGGCGCUGCAAGAACUUGCGCCGUCGGAACAGUCCUUCCCCUCUGCAACAGCUGGCUCGAUUCUCGAGAUGCAUGGCAACCUCUUCAAGACGAUCUGCACUUCCUGUGGAGACUCGCGCAUCGACUUGCGCGAUCCGCUGUGUCCAGCCCUGCGUGGGGCCGAAGAUCUUUCGGGCGAGUAUCGAGCCAUCCCGACCGAGCACUUGCCGCGCUGCUCCCGAUCCGGCUGCAACGGACUGCUGCGACCUGGCGUGGUCUGGUUCGGCGAGUCGAUCCCCGAGCUCGAUCGCAUUCAACCGCUCAUCUCCAGGUGCGACCUCAUCCUCGUGCUUGGCACCUCCUCGACCGUCUACCCUGCCGCUGGUCUUGCACAGAUCGUCAAGCACUCCAACCACGGCCAGGUCGCAGUCUUUAACAUCGAAGAGCCAUCGGACAAUGAACGCGACGAUGUGGACUGGCACUUUGUCGGCCCCGUCGAGACGCUCCUUCCACAGAUUUUGUCCGUGACGUCGGAUUCGUGA